AUGUUGCAAGGGUCUUUCUUGGUAUUACCUAAUUACUAUCCAAGGUUUAUUUUUGACAACCCUGCUGCUACAAAUUUUGAUGUCAUCUUUGACAAAAGAAGGCAAAAGGUAGGAGCUGAAAGGAACGUGCUGAUUUUUGACUUGGGAGGUGGCACUUUUGAUGUGUCAAUCCUCACUAUUGAGGAUGGAAUUUUUGAAGUCAAAUCAACAGCUGGAGACACCUACUUAGGUGGAGAAGACUUUGACAACUAAAUGGUCAAUCAUUCCAUUGCUGAGUUUAAGCAAAAGCACAAGAAGGACAUCAGUGAAAACAAGAGAGCUGUCCAGCAUCUCCACACUGCCUGUGAGUGGGCCAAGCACAUCCUCUCCUCCAACACCCAGGCCAGUAAUGAGAUUGAUUCUCUCUGUGAGGGAAUUGACUUCUAUAACUCAAUUAUAUGGGCUCAGUUUGAGGAAUUGAAUGCUGACCUGUUCCAUGGCACACUAAACCCUGUAAAGAAGACCCUUCAAGAUGCCAAACUAGACAUGUCACAGAUCCAUGAUAUUGUCUUGGUGGGUAGUUAUACCAGAAUUCCCAAGAUUCAGAAACUUCUGCAAGACUUCUUCAGUAGAAAAGAACUGAAUAAAAGCAUUAACUCUGAUGAAGCUGUUACCUAUGGUGCAGCCAUUCUAUCUGGAGACAAGUCUGAGAAUGUUCAGGAUUUGCUGCUCUUUGAUGUCACUCCUCUUUCCCUUGGUACUGAAACUGCUGGUGAAGUCAUGACUGUCCUCAUCAAACACAAUACCACCAUUCCCACCAAGCAGACACGGAUGUUCACCAUCUACUCUGACAACCAGCCAGGGGUACUCAUUCAGGUGUAUGAAGGUGAAAGGGCCAUGACCAAGGACAACAACCUGCUUGAGAAGUUCAAGCUCAUGGGCAUGCUUCUCACACCCAGUGGGGUUCCUCAGAUUGAGAUAACUUUUGACAUCAGUGCCAAUGGCACCCUCAAUAUUUCUGCUGUAGAUAAGAGCACAGGAAAGGAAGACAAGAUCACCAUCACCAAUGACAAUGACCGCUUGAGUAAGGAAGAUAUGGAAGCUGAGAAGUACAAAGCUGAGGAUGAGAAACAGAGAGAUAAGCAACUAUUGAAGAUGAGAAACUUUAAGGCAAGAUCAAUGGUGAGGACAAACAGAAGAUUCUCGACAAGUGCAAUGAAAUAA